AUGUUUAGAUUGCUCAAACCCAUUCAACAAACUACUGCGUCUCAGUAUUACAAACUAGCAGUAUCCAAUUUAUUUAAGCAGUCACAGUGGACGACUUCCCUGCUUUCCCGAUCAAUCACCACCUCACCACUCUCAUCCUGUCUUGCUACCACAACUAAAUGUCCUUGUGGUAACCAUUCCUCCGCUCUGGUAUGCGGAACAACCUCUUUUGUUCAGUCCACUAUCAGAACAUACAAGAUCAAGACUGCGUUGAGAAGACGAUGCGAACACUGCUAUUUUGUAGCCAGAAAGGGCAAACUAAGAAUUGUAUGUCCUGAAAAUGGCAAGCAUAAGCAGCGACAGCCAUAA